AUGUCUCCGAUUGAUUCCGUACAUUGGGUUGAUAUCAGGUGUGACAUCAGGGAUGUGUGGCUCACAAUCAUCGUUGAAAUUACUCUGGAGAUCGUUGAUGAACUUUCGGUUGUUUCUUGUGAUUUUCCUGGCUUUGCACUUGGUAACGUUGUUGCUGCCGUUGCGAGUGAUAUUGGUAAAGCCGAAGUUUUUAAACUAGUUGUUAUAGUUGUCAUCGUGAUAGUCUUUGUAGAUACCACCACCGUCACUGCUGUCGAUGCCACUGCCACUGUCGUUGUGACCACCACAGCAUUCGUUGUCACCACAACCGUCGGCAUCGCCACUGCAGCCGUCGUCGUCUUCCGCAUGAUGGUGCUUGACUUCGAUGAUUGGAAUGCUAAAUUCAAUGACUCCGUUCCUUCCGAUAUUUGUACACGUCCCGUCGAAGUGAUCUCCUCAGAUGAUUCUGUGCACUGUUUGGGUAGUAUUUGA